AUGACAAUAGCGCUGCAGCUGCUGGCAUGGAAGACGCCAAAAGUAGGACAAGAGGGGCAGCCUCCUCCUCCAGUGCUUCCUGCUGAUGAUGCUGCUGCUGCUGGUGGUGAUGCUGCUGCUGCUGGUGAUGCUGCUGCUGCUGGUGAUGCUGCUGCUGCUGGUGAUGCUGCUGCUGCUGCUCCUGCUGCCCCUGCUGCUCCUGGAGGCGGCGUGCCGCUGCCUCUAGCACCUUCUCUAGGACCUUCAGACUUACAGAGGCAUCUAGCUGACCUGAAAACCGAAGCAGAAAGAUUGACAAGACAGUGGUUGCGCAGCAGCAGAGAUGUGCAGAAGCAGUUUCUCAGCUUGUAUUUGGAAGAACCAGCAGAAGCAGAAGAAACAGAAAAAGCAGCAGAAGCAGAAGAAACAGAAGAAGCAGAAGAAACAGCAACGAAUCCGCAGGCAAAAGUACACCCCAAGCUCAAUGUUUUCUUCGGGCCUAUUAAUCAUUUAGCAGCAGCCGUAUCUGCUGCUGUGGAGCAGCAGCAGGAGGAGGAGCAGCAGCAGCAGCAGCAACAACAACAACAGGAGCAGGAGCAGGAGCAGCAGGAGCAGCAGGAGCAGCAGGAGCAGCAGGAGCAGCAGCAGCAGCAGCAGCAGGAGCAGCAGCAGCAACAGGAGCAGCAGGAGCAGCAGCAGCAGCAGCAACAACAGGAGCAGCAGGAGCAGGUGCUGGAUCUAUUAACCCGCAUUCUGCUGAUGAAGGCUGGGGUUAAUGCAGCGCAUGCGCGCUUAGUGGCAUUAGGCGAAGUAGAAGGGUUGCAGCAGCGGUUCGAUGAAGCGCAGGCUAGAGAGCUGAGGCUGAUGCUGUAUGCGUUGCCUCCAGGAGAAGAUGAUACAGCGCACAGACAGUAUGUAGAAGAUUAUUUAUCAGGUGACGAAAUGCUGAAUGUGCUCGAAGGGUCUCCUCCUCUUGGCUUUCUAGAUCCAACAGGUGAGCUGCUGGAGCAGCUGAUCAAGCGGAAGCACGAGAUAGAUCUACGCAUUGUCGUUCGUGGGUCAGGCUGCAGUUUUAUCAAAUCUGUAUUCUUCUUAGAUGCAACAGCAGCUGCAGAUGAAGACAUCUUUGCUGCAUACAUCCCCUUCAUUGCUGCAGUUGAAAGAAUGAAGCAGCAGCAGCAGCAGCUGCUGCUGCUGCAGCACACAGAAGACCAUAACCGAAGGGAUGGGCGUACGGAGCAGCAGCAACAAGAACAGCAACAACAGCAGCAGCAGCAGCAGCAGCAGCAGCAGCAGCAAGAAGACUCUGAUGCAGGCAAAGGUAUAUUAGAUAUGCCGUUUUCAGCUUUGGAGCUGAUAGCAGAGACAGCAGAAGAUUUUCAGAAAUAUAAAUCUGAAAACCCUGUUAAAUCCAACACCGUACGAGAAGGCUUCUUAUCAUGGGGUGUACACUCAGUUACGAGUGCUGCAAGGUUUAUCGAUAGCUGGCAGGAAGAUAUAUCUGCAAAGGUAGAAGAUAUUAAUACAGUGCACAUCCCUUCAUCUUUAGCUGAACAAGUUGAUCAAGAAACAAGAGAAGAAAAUGCUUUGCUUCUCAAGGCGUCUGUUUGGCUUCGUCUUUUUGCGUAUCUUUAG